AUGAAUAAUUCAUCAGCGAACAACUUUGAAUCAAUACAAAUCGAUAAAAUAAAAAAUCAUAUUCUUUCUUCGUGGGGUAUUACUUAUCUUGUGUUUGGUAGUAUCGGUACACUUCUCAAUCUGUGUGUAUUCACCCGUCGAGUUCAUUGGUCUUUCUCACCAUGUAUACCUUAUUUGUUCGCAUCAGCUUUGGCAACCAUACCACUCAUGUACGUGUCUAUUUUAUCACGUAUUGGCAUUGGCUUUCAAAUCACUCCAUUCUAUUAUAUUGCCAUCUUGUGCAAGUUUCAAGUUUAUAUAUCUAAUGUUUCGGUUAGUCUUGUCAUAUGGUUCAUGAUUGGUUCUUGUUGGGAUCGUUAUUUAUCGUCAUCAAGAAAUGCUUUGACACGAAGGAUGAGUUCUCUACGUAAUACACGUCGAACAGUAUUGCUCAUUACAUUUUUUAUAUCAGUUGCUUAUGCACAGAUAUUCUAUUGUUUCGAAGGAAAUCUUACCAUGGCUGCUGCACCUUGCUCACCCAAGAAUACACAAUGUAGUUUUAUCGAUACAAGUCUUCUUUUUUUCAUUCAAUUUCUCACACCACCUUUAAUGAUAUUCUAUUUUGGCAUAAACAUUUAUUUAAAUGUUCGCCAACUGAAACACCAAAGGCAAAUAUUAAACAUCUCCAUCAGCCAAACAACACAAACACGAAAUAAUCAAAGAACAGAUCGAAUACUUUUACGUAUGGUAUUCAUUCAAGUGACCUUACUUCUUAUAUGUUCAUUGCCUGUUUUUGCAUUUCGAUUAUACACAACUCUUACAUUGACGACAACUAAGAGUGUUGUACGUCGUUCAGUGGAAAAUUUAAUUUUCAAUGUCACUUUAAUGAUAUAUUAUGUCGAAAAAAUAUGCUCAUUUUAUAUUUAUACAAUUACUAGUCAUCAUUUUCGAAAGAUAUUAUGGAAAUUUAUUACUACUAUUUGUUCUGCUAAUAUUAUUGUACCUGGAAAUUAA